AUGUCAGGUUCAGGAGCUUCAGGUAACAAAUUCCGUAUGUCAUUGGGUCUCCCAGUAGGAGCCAUCAUUAACUGCGCCGACAACAGUGGUGCCAGAAACUUGUACAUCCUUGCCGUAAAGGGUGUUGGUGCCAGAUUGAACAGAUUGCCAGCCGCCUCUGUUGGAGACAUGGUCAUGGCCACUGUCAAGAAAGGUAAGCCUGAAUUGAGAAAGAAGGUCAUGCCAGCUAUUGUCAUCAGACAAUCUAAGACCUGGAGAAGAAAGGACGGUGUCUUCUUGUACUUUGAGGACAACGCAGGUGUCAUUGUCAACCCUAAAGGUGAGAUGAAGGGUUCUGCCAUUACCGGUCCAGUCGGUAAGGAAUGUGCCGACUUGUGGCCAAGAAUUGCUUCCAACUCUGGUGUUGUUGUUUAA